GAUCAAUUCGGCCCAAAUAUUUGUGACGAGAAUAACCCCCGACAUCAAACUUAAUACCGAACAUAUCCAAAAAACCCCAGCUCUUAGAUACACGCCCAGUGUGUGUAAAAAUCACACACAGCAAAAAACCAGUCGAAAUCUGCUCAGGUGCGAGAAAAUGGGGAAAAGCGAUGAUUCCAUAAGCAGACGGAGGAACAAGAGGAUCCACAGAAAGGCAGAAAGUAAAAAGGAUGCGUCAUCAAAAGUCUCCAGCCGCGUCGCCGCUUUUAUCGCCGCCAAGAAGCGCCGCCAGUCCGGCAAACGCCGCCAGUGCCAGGGUAUGUGCUUCAGCCUUCCCUCAGCUGAGGACCCCUUCAAUGAAAGAGAGGGUAAACCCGAACCCACGAGAAAAAGGAAGAGAGAUUCGAAAGAAGAUAGGAAGCUAAAGGAUAAGAAAUCUCCUAGGGUAAAGAAGGAGUUUAUCAAGGACAAUGUUGUGAAGUCUCAAAUCGUGGAGAAGGGAAAGAUAGCAUUGUUUUCAUGUAUUGAGUUUAUGGGGCCAGAGAUUGCAACCAAUCUGGGGAAACCGGCUCACCGGAUUAUUAAGCGGGACGGGUCUAAAUGUUCUUGGAAAGAGCUUGUCUCGGACCACAUUGAUGGGAGCCCGUCAAAGUUUUUGAUUAUGUGCUUGAACACGAUACAGAGUGCUCUGCACAAUGGGGCAGCCUUAAGUGGUGGAAAGGAUAAACCUCUGUUUGCUAGUGCUUGGGGACUCGAGUUUUGGAAUUGUUACUGUGCUGGAAUUGAUGUAUUGGAGGCCAGUGGAGCUGACUCGAAAAGGGAGCAAAUUUCUUGGAUCGCGUCAACUGCUGCUGAUAUCAUUUCAAUGAAGGAGAAAGAGGGCGUAUCAUUCACUGGUCCUUUCCUUUUAUAUUUAGUGCCGUCUCAAGAGAAAGCCUCUGAGGUACGCGGAGUCUGUAAGCCAUUGAAAGGGCUCGGAGUACAUACAGUGAGUUUGCAUUCAGGUGCCUCCAUAGACCAUCAAAUAAACGGUUUAAACAAUUGUGAACCAGAGUUUCUCGUCUCCACUCCAGAGAGACUUUUGGAAGUUCUUUCAUUAAAUGCUGUUGAUAUAUCUGGAGUUUCCUUGCUGGUUGUUGAUGGACUGGAAUCCCCUUUUAGUGGUGCGUACUUCGAUGCAGUCAAAUCCAUAAGGCAACACAUCUCUGGAAGUCUUCGAACAGUUGUCUUCUAUGACUUCAUGGAUCAGUUGGCAAAUGAAAUGCAAUGAUCUUCACUAUAAAUCUGUUGAGAAAACUAAGAGCCAUACAGCAUAUAAUGCUUACCUAACUUGAAGUCAUCAGUUUCCCAAUUUUUAGAGACGAAGCUUGUUAGCACGAUUGUAGUGGGUGGAUGCUCCAAUCAUUCAACUUUGAUUGUUACCCAUCCAACGAGGUGAGGUGGAUGGUCUCCUAGGUAACAAAUUACGCCUGCGCCUCAAUAUGUUAGAUGUGUCCUUAUGCCCUUGUUCGUUGAUGACUUUGUCGGGCUGUAGUCAUACCAGCAAUUGCAGAAUUUUUGCUACUGUGGAGAGGGAGAGAGAUAGAGAGAAAAGAGUUUGCUAGUUUCUCCUAAGAACCACUCAGAUUGUACAAUGAGAAAUUUCUGUUCAUUUCUGCAAGCAGUUUUGUUUUCUGUGAUAGAGUUGCUAGUUUUUUUCAAGAAUUUUAUUCAGAUUUCCUAAUGAGAAAUUCUAUGAUAGAGUUGCUAGGUUUUUUCAAGAAUUUUCUUCAGAAUUCUUAAUGAUAAAUUUCUGUUCAGCUUUU